UAAUUUUUUUGUUUGUUAGUCUAUGAUUACAUGAUCGAUAAAAUUGAUAUUUUUAGAUAUUUUCCUGAUUCCAGUCUUAGCUAAUAUAAUCAAAAUCUUGUAAAUACAAAGAGCUAGGAGGAGAGAGAGAAAUGUAUCAAUAUUUUACUAUCAAUACUUUUCUAAUGUCAAUGUUCUAGUCCUUUCAACAGUUUACUAAAUUGUCUUCGAUCGAUUUGAAAGGAGAUUUCAUGGGACUGAUAUUCAAUUAAUGCAAGUUUUCGUUAGUCUUGAUAAUGCAAAGAAAUGGUUUACGCUGGAUUUUCAACUGCCGUCGAUGGUCGCCAUCAAGAGAUGAUCUACUUGCAGCUUUGAGCUGCAUUCAGGAAGAGGAAAGAGACAGAAUCUUUAAAUUUUACUACAAGAAAGACGUUAAACACGCGUUAAUUGGUCGAUUGAUGUUAAGAAAAUGUGUUUCAGAUUGCUUGAACAUAAAUAACGAUCAGAUACUUUUCACACGAACUGAUAAAGGUAAGCCUGUACUGGCUGGGCAACAGACUGAAACCUCAUUUGAUUAUAAUAUUUCUCAUGAUGGUGAUUAUUGUGUUCUGGCUGCUGACUGGAUCAGUAAGGUUGGUGUUGACAUUUCUCGAGUUAAAGAAUCGAAAGAAAAAUCUACCAAUGAAUAUUUCAAAACUAUGGAGAGGAUUUUUUCACAUCAUGAGUGGCUAUACAUUAAAGACACUCCAACCCUUGAUCAAAGUCCAUUACACCGUUUUCAUCGACUUUGGGCUCUGAAGGAAAGUUUUGUUAAGGCUGAAGCAAUUGGAAUCGGAUAUGAACUCAGACGAAUUCGCUUCGAAUGUCCUACUGAAUGUCUUCAAAUUAAUAAAGUAAACAAAGAUACAUUAGUCUAUCUUGAUGACAAACUAUCAACUGAUUGGCUUUUUGAAGAAUCCGUGGUCGAUGAUAAGCAUGUUAUUGCAGUUGCCCUUUCUGGUGACCAGUCAAUUUUACAAAGUAAACGAAAUGAAAAUAAUUAUUUCAAGUUGCUGAAAUUUGAAGAUUUAAUCACUUCAAGCAUCGCCAUGGACGUAUCAGAAUGCCUUUGGAAUAGUUUUGAUCUAAAAGAAGAAGGGAGAUAUGAUUAAAAUAUGAUAUAUAAUUGUAGAUCGCAUUGCUUCCAAGAUUCUUACAUCCAUAUAUUUUUAAAUUCAAUUGAUCAAGACUGUGUUGCUCACCGAUUCAUCUUUUUGACAUAAUAUCGAAUUUUAUAUUUAUAUA